AUGCCGCAUUCCAUCACACCAGAGAUUCCAACCCCGCCUGCUGGUGCAGAGGACACAAUGACGGAUGCGACGAUGCAAAACGGCGACAGCCAGGCCAGUAACGAUCACGACAUCACAAUGGCCGAACCACAUGCGCUUCCCAGCGAGCACAGCGUUGGGCCUGAAGAGGAAAAGAAGGAGGUCAAGCUUGAAGAUCUCUUUGCAGAUGUCGAAUCAGAUGAUGAAUUUCCGAGCUCACGGCCCGCUGAGAAUAAAAUGUCGAGUUCUCCAGAGCUGCCAUCAUCGCCAAUAGAUAAAAGCGCACCAGGCUCAAACUCGGACCCCGAGCUCAUGCGUACAUUUUAUCAGCGACUUUUUCCUUGGCGACAGCUCUUCCAGUGGCUCAACCACUCCCCAACACCAAACAAUGACUUUGGCCAUCGCGAAUUCGCCUUUACACUCUACAAUGAUGCGUAUCUGCGUUAUCAAUCCUAUGCCACAGCCGACCUGCUGCGAAAAGAUGUCCUGCGUCUCCUUCCCUCCCGUUUCGAAAUCGGACCCGUCUACACCACAAACCCGCGCGACCGCAAGACCCUGAGAAAUAGCAGCGCCUUCAAACCCUUGUCCAAGGAAUUGUGCUUUGAUAUCGACUUGACAGACUAUGACGAUAUCAGAACGUGCUGUGACAAGGCCAACAUUUGCACAAAGUGUUGGCGCUUCAUGGUCAUGGCAAUCAAGGUCAUUGACAUUGCCCUCCGAGACGAUUUUGGUUUCAAGCACAUCAUGUGGGUGUACUCUGGACGGAGAGGUGCUCACGCCUGGGUCUGCGACAAGAAGGCCCGCACACUUGACGACCAGAAGCGAAGGGCAAUUGCCGGUUAUCUCGAAGUUCUCAAAGGCGGAAGCCAAGGUGGCAAAAAGGUCAACUUGUGGCGACCAUUACAUCCGCAUUUGAGUCGGUCGAUAGAUAUCCUAGCACCUCAUUUUCAGAAAGAUAUUCUCGAGACUCAAGACCCUUGGGCAUCGGAUGAGCGAUCGACACACUUGCUCACUCUACUCGAGAACAAGUCUCUCAGCGAUGCCUUGCGCAAGAAAUGGGAUUCCUCGCCGGGCCGGUCCAGCACGUCCAAAUGGGCUGACAUUGAUACUCUGGCCAAGAACGUGCUCAACAAUGAAAAGGACAGCAAGAAAUUGAGGGACGCCAAGCAGGAUAUCGUCUUGGAGUAUACUUACCCGCGUCUCGAUAUCGAGGUUUCCAAAAAGUUGAACCAUUUGCUCAAGUCGCCGUUUGUGGUGCAUCCUGGCACCGGGAGAGUUUGUGUCCCAAUCGAUACCAAACACGUAGAAGACUUUAACCCGCUCGAGGUUCCAACCCUUCAUGGCCUGCUGGCUGAGAUUGACAGCUGGACUAGCCAGGGCGAUUUGGCAGGCGGAGUCAAGAAGGAGCCGGGCAAAAGUCUUCAGGACUGGGAAAAGACAAGUCUCAGACCCUAUGUGGAAUUUUUCAGAGGCUUUGUUAUAGCACUGAUGAAGGAUGAGCGGGAUCCAAUGGUCAAGAGGGAGAGGGAGGAAGACGGCAUGGAGUUUUGA